AUGGCUAAAGCUUUGAAGUGAAGGUGAAUGCUUCAGGAACAAGUCCUUCUGCAAGGAUCUGUUACAAGAAAGCUAAGGUGAUGAUCAAGGAAACAAUGAUGAAGUUACGUACUCACUCAAGUUUGGAACUGUCGGAGAGGCAGGGUGUAUUAUCAUGGGAUAUUAAGUCCAGGUGGAGCUGAUGAUGGAGAGUAACAGAAGACAAGUAAGUGUAAGAGUGUUUAGAAGGUAGAAUAGCAACGUUCUUUCCCCAGUUCUAAGAUACAUGUUAUCGAUCCUGACUUUUCAAGCAUGGUUUCUAGGUUGGGUAAGAGGUUAUCAGAACUAAUUUGGAUUCUGUUGGUCAGUCAAGUGGAACAGAUCAGGUCAGCUGGCAGGCUGAACUUGCUCAAGUGUCCCUUGAUGGGGUAACCAUCUGAACUGAGUUAUUUUUUUUGUUUAUUUAUUAUUUUAUUUUUUUUGAAUGAAUGUUAAAUUUAUUCUAAACAAAAAAAACUGUUUUACAAAAAAUGCAGCUCUAUGUAAAAAAAAUUAAUUUGCUAUAAAGCUAAAAGCUAAACUUAUUUUCUCUGUGUUUCCUUCUUCAAUGGUUUGCAAACCAUUUCUGCAGAAGACCGUCAAAUCUCCCAUUCCUGCUACCCCGAAGCGAAUCAAUGCGGUUUCGAAUCAACUUGUCAACGAACCUAGUGAGAAGCACUUGAUCCCGUGCAGGCUCCCCAUGUUUUCUACAAUUUCUCUCUCUCCAUAGAGUAUGUACCGUUGCUUGGAAAGCAUAUCGAAUUAGAAACAAAGAAGAGCUGCUCCACGUCGUGUCAACCAAGCUGGACAGAAUGUUGUUCCAAUCUGUGGUAUAUCGCGACCCCAUUAGCUUGCAUACUACUCAGUGAUGCGACUACUCCAACACUGAGGCACACCUAUAUAACAUAUUAAUUAUAAGGAGCCAUUGCUCCUUGUCGGUGAGCAUCUCUAUACAUCAGGUCUUUGGGAAACUGCUUCAGCACUGUUGAAAGAAGCUCAAGUUGAGUCGUCUACCUUCCUUGGCUCCCCCUUCUUCUAUUGCAUAUUCCGCUACACAGGAGAUGUCUAGGCCGGUGACUCAGAAACAAUGGUCAUCUGGCCGUGCUAGCGGUGGAUUUUUCACCAGCAGCAACCCCCGAAAGUAUAUGCACAACUAUGCAUAGUUGUCAUCAGAAAGUGGUCGAGUGAGUUUAACAGUUACAAGAAUGGUUAUUUAUAUUUCACAAUUAAUUGUAUUUUUAACGGAAACAAUAAGAAUGAUUCAGAAUUAAUCAUUGUCGUAACAUACUGUAAGAAUCAUAUAACAUGAAAAAAAAAGAUUAGUAAUGUGCGUUGAAUCAUUCAUGUUAACUAAGGACUAUGGUAUUCUACUUAACAGUGACCUAUCUACUUGCUAAAUGGUAGUGGUAAUUCCUAGGAAUAUCAGUAUAAAAAGAUGAAACCGAUGAAUCUGCUGGAAGUAUUCUUACCCACGUUCUCUUUCAAUUGGCUCAAAUGAGUUUCUCUUGAAUCAUGAAAAAAAAAUUGAUAGAAAAAAGCAAAUUGAUAUCAUGGUUUUCUUCAAUAUUUUAUUUAAGAAAAAAACAUACCGUAAAAGCGAAGUUUGUUUCUAAAAAGCAAAUUGAUAUUAUAGAACUUCUAAUCAAUUGUUUUGGAGUUCGAACGAUGGUCCAAAUUGUUCAAAGUAUAUAAUCAAAGGACUUAUUUGCUAAAUAACAAAAAAAAAUGGAAAAUUAGAUUUUGGUAAAGAGAAUAGAAAGAGAUAGAAAGAGAAAGAGAAAGAGAAAAUAAGAGAAAUUUUUUUUUAGUUAGUUAGCGUAUUUAUGCUUUUUGUUGUUGAAUAUAGGGUGUAAUUUCUCUAUAAUCAAACUCGAAUCAAACAGUUAUCAAUAUAGAUGGUGUUAAAAUUUACGGGAUCUCACACACAAAUUUAUUUGAACUCACAAAAAUAAAUAAAAGAAUUAUGAUACAUUUAUUUAUGAUAACAAUUAUAUAAACAAAUAACAAAUUUACACAUAAUUUUUAAUAUCUAUAUUCUAUAAUAAUAUAAUUAAUUAUUUGUAUAAAUGUAUUAGUUUAGUGUGUUUUGUACUUUAUUAGUUUAGUUUGUUUUGUUACUUUGUUUAUAAAUUAAAUAUGUUAAAAAUUAUUUACUUAUUACUUUAAAAUUUUAAAUUUUUUAAAAUUAUGGGUCCCCAAAAAUAGAGACCACAUCCCAAUGUUUCAUUGGAAUGCCCUCAAAAGGGUAACUGGGUAUGAGAAAGCAGCCUUUGUUUUGCACCAUCGAAGUCACUAAGGGCAUCUCCAACCCUACUCCAUUUUUUACUCCAAAUUCAAUUAUGGAGUAAAAUCUUCUCCAACCCCACUCCAUAUUCAACUCUAAAAUGGAGUAAUAGUUAGGGUUACUCUAUUUAUGGAGUAAUCUUACCCAUUACUCCAUUUUGGAGUUGAACUUUUUAUAUUUAUGAAAUGGUCUUUUUAAUUUUUAAUGUUUUUAUUUCAUACUUAAAAUAAUAUAAUAACAAAAAAAUAUAAUAUUCCGCAAAAGAUUACUUUAUAGUUUACAGAAAAUAUGCAUAAACUCAUAAAAGCCAAAACUAAGAAUAAAUAAUAUAAAAUAAAUAUAAUAAACUAUAAAUAAGUAAUUUAAUAAUUAAUUCGGUAAAUUAUUUUCAAAACUACCAAAAUCGGUGAAGUAUUAUUUAAACGGAAUAGAUGAGUUAUUUAAUCUUGUGGGUCAAAAUUUUGAUUGAUAACAUUUGUACUUGUUGAACUUGAUAUAUGCAUAAACAAACAAUAGGACCCAAUACAUAAUUCAAAUUACAAAACAAAACUUUGUUUUUUCUUUAUGUUUUUUUAAUGCAUAAAAAUAUUUUUGAAUUAGAAAAAUUGCAUAUGAUAAAAUCUGCACGAAUUGAAAUUGCAACAUAAUCUCUCGUUGUAUUUUUAGUGAUAAAUAUUUUUUUUGGUCAUAAAUAUUUAAUUUAAAUAAAAUAUAUUAUUAUGGAAAUUUUGUAAACAUAAAAUAGUUGGGUUAAUUGUUAAUUUUUUAUAAGUUGAAGGUACUAAUAAUAAUUAUUAACUAAAUGAAAACAUAAUUCUUUUGUUUGGAGUAAAAAAUAGAGUAAUACGUUGGAGUAAAAUCCAACUCUAUUUUGGAGUUAGACCAUUUUGGAGUAAAAUUUGGAGUAAUACAUUGGAAAUGCUCUAAGCUGGAUUAACUCAUACAAGCCUUGGCAAGUAGUCUCCUAUCAUAAAACUCUCAACCAAUACCUCAGGUACUGUUAAAAAAGGAUUUAUUCUCACAACCUAAUAUUCAUACACUCAUGUAGAACUUUUAACAUUUUAAAUCUCUCUUUCGUACGGGACAAAAAGGAUUAGAAAUAUAAUGAACUAUUUAACUUGUGAUAAUUGAGAAAACCGAACAUAAAUUAAACAUCAUUCACGAACUCUGCGAAUCAUUCAUCCCUCGCAUCUGGAGAUAUAAGUUUGAGCACCUUUUCUUGUCAUUUUACACACCAACUUCAAGAGUUUCAACACCUUAUUCCUUCAUUUUUUUAACAAGGUGUAACCAGGUCCAGGGCCAAUCCGACUAAUCUUCCAGUGAGUACGGUAGACAGUGAGUUACUUCGUUCAUAGGAUUUUUAAUUGAUCUAAAACAUUGGCACUAUUUCAACUAGUUAAACAUAAUAAAAAUUUGGAUAAGUUAUUCAAACUUAUUUUUCAUUAAACUGAAUUGAAUUAGUUAUUUUAAAAGCACAUAAGACUAUUAAUUAUAUAUCUUUCAAAUAGAAUCAUAUGACAAUAAAAUCAUAGCUACCUUAUUUACGUAAGAUUCUUGCUAUAUCUUAGUCAACAAGCCAUUUAUCUCAUCAAAAGAAAAGAAAAAGAACAAAGUUAAAGCAAUAUUAAAAGAAGAAAAAAGCAUGUAAAGAUAACAAAGCAAGCUUCUCAUAUACCAAAGGAAUCAAUCACUCUUCUAUAUUAUAAGACAUCAAACUUCGUUCACUCCACAAAUUAAUAGAAACGACAUUUCAUCACACUUUUUGUCACACACAAAACACAUUUUAUCACACACAUAUAUAUGUAUGUAUUCAAUUUCUUACAUCCUUCAUAUGUCCAAUGAUUUUGAUUAUCAUAAAAGAAAGAUAAUAGUUAUUAUGAUAUAAGUUUUGUUUUCUUCUUUCAUGGAGUCCGAUCCAAACCCUAAUGCUCUGAAUCAAUACAUAAAUCCAAGAGAUUGCACUCAAGGCUUUUGUUCCACGUUUUGUCCUCAAUGGUGUAGUUACAUCAAGUUCUCUCCACCACCACUUUCCUAUGAACAAUUCCUAACCGACGGUGUUUCAUCAAACCCUAGUGUUUCCCCUCUUCUCAUCGCCCUCAUUGGAAUCCUUGGAAGUGCAUUUCUCUUAGCAACUUACUACACUCUUGUCUCAAGGCAUUGCGCCACCGACACAAACGAUGAAGCUGCCUCAGACACGGGUAGAUCUGAUCUAAUUAUGGAUGUUAACUCGCCAGAAAGUCAAGAUCAUGACAACCCUUUUGCUCAUGAGUCUUCAAACGCCGGGUUGGACGAUGCCGUGAUAAAGAAGAUAGGGUGUUUCAAGUUGAAGAAGCAUCAAAGCGGGCUCAAGAUCAAUGUUACUGAUUGUUCCAUAUGUCUUGGAGAGUUUAAUGAAGAGGAGAGCUUAAGGUUAUUGCCUAACUGUAACCACAUUUUCCACGUGGUCUGUAUUGAUCGGUGGCUCACCUCUCACUCAAACUGUCCGCUUUGUCGGGGUAAGAUCAUUGUUCCUACCACUCAAGAAACCGAUCAUGUCUUUGUGGUGAUGAAUCUUGAUCGGUUUACUAGCAAUGCUGGACCAGCAGUGGGAAAUGUAAUGGUUCUUGAUCCUCGUGAAGAGGUUAGUGUUUCGAUCAGUUCUCAUCAUCCACGACGAUUCUCGGCCGCUGAUAUUGUUAUGUGGAUGAGCAGAGACGGAGAAGAGGAAGAGAGAAAUUAUGAUCUUGAAAAUGGAAACAGAGUGAAGCUUGUAGACUACUUAAAAAGAUCAUUCUCAAGUGGUGGAUUGGUUCUUGGGGCUCAAGGACCGACUAGGAGAUCCUAAACCUACUUCCUUUAAACCAAAUUAGUUUCUGAAACAUAUAUUAUUGUACUUACACUUCGAGAAAUUUAUACAAAAUUACAUAUAUAAUGGAUACAUUCAUCAUCCGGUUCGUUUUCCUAAGGAUAGAUUAUAUUUUUAGCCUAGAUGUUUUCACUGUCUUUAUAUAUGUUAUCCAUAUAUUUAUUUCAUCU